GAUCAAUGGAUGGUGAACGCGCUUUCAAUUUAGGGGAAACGAAAGAAUAAUAUUAAGGAUUAAUUCGUGAAUGUGAUAGCUGUUUAACAAUGCCCGUUUCCCAUUGCACGCCACUUUUCAGCAGAUCAAAAGUAACGUUUUCUCAAGAGAUCAAGUCGGACAGGAAAAACGGAGAUGUUUUGGAAGACGAUCUUUCAAGCUAUCAGCAUCAGGGAUUUCCUCCCAAAGACUCGUCAGAAUCUGAAGGAGAGGCGUCCGAUUCCAGGGUGAACCAAAUUGACCGAGGUGGGCUGCUAGAAUUUCUUCAGCAGGAGGAUGGCAGUGCUCUAUCAGACCAGCAGUUCUACCAGAGGCUCCAGAGCUUAAAGGAAGCACACCAGGAGAAGCUGAUGGAGACAAGCAAGCUCUUUCAGGGACGUCUGGAGCAAAGGAUACUGGAGGACUCCAUGCUGUCUGUGGAGACUGCAGGGAAUGUGAGGAAGACAGCUUUAAAUAAGGAUUUGGAGCAGUUCUUCUCCUCCAGUGGGAGACAGCACCUCAAAGCCAAUCCAAGCAAGUUGUCAGCUUCUAGGAAUGGAAGCCUGAGGAAAUCUUCCUCUCUGAGUGAGCUGAGCUCAAGAGAUAGCCAAGCUGACAGAGAAUCUUCUCCAUUUAAAGAGACACGGAGACCUAUGAGCACUUCUUCAGCCCAGGCGUCAUGUGUGACAAUCCCGCAGCCCUUCAACAUGACCCUCCGGGAAGCGCAAAAGAAAACUCGGCUUCCGAAAUCCAGAAUGUCCCUGGAUCUGAAGAAACAACUGGUGGAGAAGAGGGAGGCAGAGGAGGCUGAGUGUCAGAAACAGUUCAGAGCAAUGCCCAUCCCAGCACAUGUUUACCUGCCCCUGUUUGAUGAGAUCAAUGACAGCAGGGAGGAGCAGAGGAGGCUUAACCUGGACAGGAGGAAGGAAAUCCUGCUCUCCAUACAGAAGCCAUUCAGCUUUGCAGAGAGAGAAGAAAAAAAGAAGGAGCAAACAAGACAGAUGCUGAGAACAGCCCCCCCGAGCACACUGAGCGGAAACAUUAAACCCAAAGUGAAAAACAAAAUCCCCAAAUCAGUCCAGGAUCCAACAGUCAGUGACCAUUUAAAAGAGGAUGAACUGUACAGGAAGAUCAGAAUUCAGAUGAGGGCAACAGAUUUGCUUAAAUCAUCUUCAGCACCCAUUCAAGUACAGCCGCAGAAGAGGGAACUGGAUAAGAGCAGCGCUCUGAAAACUAAAAAGAAGACCCUGGGAUAUCUGGAUAAGGAACCCACAUUUCAGCCACGAACAAAUCCAGAGGUUCCCAACUUCGAGAGAUUAUACAGAGCAUUCCAGAAGGAGGCCAUGCGAAGGAAAGAACAGAUAGAGUCGACUAAAUGUAAACCAUUCCAGCUUCGCACUUCCAAUCUGCCACCAAGACAGAGCAGAUCCACUGAGAAUGCACAGCAAGAGUCACGUCCUGUGAUCAAGACACACUUAAAGAGAAGUCAGUCCUUCAAUGGGAUUCUCUCCCUUUCAACUGACACUCUCCCCACCUACAUCACAGACGCUGCAAGGAAACGCCAAGCUGCUAUCAGAAGCUCACUGGAACAGAAGGACAACAAGGAACAGGAGAGUGCUAAAUGGAUGAAGCAGCACAGAUUGAAAUCAGAAGCAAUGAAUAAAGCAGUAACUACACGGGCGAAAGCAAUGGAUACACAUAGGAGUCUAAAGGAUGUGUACAAGGAAAAAUUAAAGCAACACAGGCAGACUGACCAGCACAGGAUGAGGGAGUAUAAGAAAGAGCUGGAGGAGAUGAAGAACAGAAUACAUGAUAGGCCCUACCUGUUUGAACAGGUCACCAAGAGAAAUGCAAAGACUGAGGCAGAGCGUCGGUACCGAGACACACUGAAGCAGGUGGGGCUGAAUGAAGACUUUGUGAGGAAUGCUGGGGGAACGCCACUGUGUGUAUCUGAUGGUGAAGAAGAUCAGAGCAGUGAUAGCAAGACCCAAUACAGUACGUCUGACAGUGUGAUAAAUUCAGCGGAAAACCAAACAAAAGAAGAGCCAGAGAAUGAAGAGGCAGAGAAAACCAAUGAGGAAGAAAUGAUACAACUAUAAUUACAGCCAUGAGCACUUUGUAUAGUUCUUUGUUUAUAUACAGAAAUGUUUGUAUAUUACAAAGCUGCUAUUGUUUAUAGACAGUAUAUACAUAUGCUACAUAGAAUUUGUCUUAAUUUUAAAAAUGGAACCAUGCUGGACAAUGUGCGUGAAUUCUGAUUUAUGACAAAAAGUUUAAUUUGUUGUUAUGGUUGACUUUACUUUUAUUUUUUUCAAAUAGGUGUGUGAGCUACCUGAAAUAUUUAUAAUUUAAUAUUUUGAAGUAAGUGUUUGCAUCUGAAUUGAAACAAAUUUGUAUUAAUAAUGCUGCAUCAGUACUGUGUGUAAAUCAUUUGUUUUAAUGAGCACUACUUUUGGCACAUGGCUUUAUGUCAAUUUAUAUUUUGCAAUAUGCCAUUCUUAGAAAAGAAAAAGUUUCAUGCUUAUCAAUAGCCUUAAAAAGCUGUUUGUGUAGCACUGUAUUUGAAAUGUGGCUAGGCAAUCAUGCUUUUUCUAUGGGAAACAAAAAACAGCUGAGUUGAAAAUGCCCUCGAUAUAAAACACAGAUGAUAAUUUGAUUAGUUGUUGGCCAAAGAAAGUCCUUAUUGACUCACCUAUUAUGGAAUGACUUGAAUUAUUCUUAUAAAUCCAUACUGGUCGUGUUGGAUUAAAACUGAAAAUGUAAUUUUGGCGUCUCUGCCAUGUCAGUUUCUGUAACCACAUUCGGGGCUAUUGCUGACAAAGUGGUGCACUGGUGACCUGCCUUUGAAGGAGUGGACUAAAUUAACAUCUUUCAUUGACAUCCAUGCUGUUGGCAGUGGAUAAGUCAAGGGUCUUGGCAGACACUGGUGUAGACUAAAUCUGCCUGCAAUUACUGUAAAGAUUGGAUAAACAGGAAGCUAAAUAGAUAUGGCCUGGUGUGCCCCAUCAUUAUGGUGUAGAAUAUUACAGAUAAGUGUGGUCACAGCUUAGAGCAUUGUGAUUGCAUUGAAGAAUAACGUACAUUUAAAGCUUUCUUUUUUUCAUGAUCUCACUUACAUAUGCAUUUUGAUCUCUACAUAACCGAUUAUGGAUCUCUAUACAUAGACUGCAACAUAGCAAUUUAAUUUCACUGACGUAGAAGCCUUGGUGUGACAGGGCAGUGGCCCUGCACAUUAAAAUGUUUCCGUGGCUGGCAGCCCACCUUGGCUGAAGAAAAAGGGAACAGCCUGGAGCCAAGAUGGCCACCCUUUGCACAGUGGCGUGGUUUUAAAUGAGGCAACUGGUUCGCUGUGGUGUCUGUCUCUCAGGAGGUUGAUUGUCUGAUUGAUCAGCCCGAGAAUGCCAGGCAUGCAGUUCCUGGCUGGCUGAUCAAUCAGUCAAUUACAGUAGCAAUCCAGAGAAGUCAUCACACCAUUUAAAAAGAACAGAGAAAUGUUUGUUGGGGUGAAGGUGGAGAGUUAGUUUAGCAGAAGGACCGACAGCAGCAGGUUGCGCUUCUUGCCCUGUCUAUGCACAGAUAGCCGUAGAUGGGGUGUGGUUUUGUUUUGUAUGCUGUUUUGCAUUUGUCUGUUUGUUAGGAAUAAAAAUGCAGUGAACUGCAGUUUUCCAGGGGCUGUGUUUGCCAUGACAGCAACGCCACUUUACCAAAUGUGGUCAAGGCUGGCCAGCGUCAGAAAUCGCAAACACACACCCGGAAAACUGCAGUUUAGCGCUUUUGUACAUUUUUAUUUCUUUAGAAACCAAGCAAACACAUCCACAAGCAACAGCAUAAUUCAGAAACCAGCUUUUCUGUUCCCAAACAAAUGAAGUCCCCAUAAAGAAGUCAAUGUUUCCUUUUACAAAUGCCUUAAGAGGCUUGAAUAAAAUUCAAAUGACAAUUAAAAUAACAUCCUGGAAAGGUAAUAACUAAAACAUAAGAAUGGACAUACUCUUUUUUUAUUUUUUAUUAUUUGUAGCCUGUAACAUUAUGCAGCAUUUACUUUCCUCACGUAAACUCCUCCUGGCUAACAGGUAGCUAUGGAAGAAUUUAAGAGCGGACUCAUUUUUUGUCUUCUGAUUCAGCCCAGUGCUUCCAUCUUUGGGGAUUUCAGUUGUCCAGACCAAUGGAAAAGAUAUGCAGGAGGCAGCCAGGUUCUCUUAAUGUCUUCUCAGAUGCUUU